AUGAAAGGUGUGCAUGCCCCACUGCCCUUGCAGAAUAUACAAACUGCAAAAGAUGACCUUCUUAAGACUUUCGAAGACCUAGAAAGUUCAACAGUCGGAAGCGUUUUAGCAGAGAAUAACUUCAGUGUGCAAGAAGAUUGUAAUGUUCUUAAACGGAUCGAAGGAAGAAGCGAUAGCGAUAUGAAACAGAGUAUUGAAAACCUGGAGAGAGAAAACAAAGACCUUAAGCAGAAAAUUAUUAAAUUGGAACAAAAAUCUUCGAAACCAUCGCCAAAAGUUCGCAUUCAAAUAUUUGCUCAAGGCGGAGAAAUACCGACAAAAAUUAGCAAAGAGCUCGAGUCUAUGCUAGGCGCACGAAUGAAUACAAAGUCCAGUCAUCUACAGAUAUGCACUGUCAACAGCUACGAUAAAAUAUUAUUUGAUUUGCCACUUCUUGUUAUUUGUAUCACUUCUUCAAGAUUAGGCACCGACGCAAUUAAGGCCAUUAAUGAUAUUCCAGAGCAAGCCAAGGGCAAGACUACAUUGAUCAUGUUUCACCACAAAAAUGAAAACAGCCUUCCAAAGCAACUAAGUAAAUAUGUAUUGACAACAGACGAAUUCAGAGAGCUUGGUGCUGUGUGUGACAUGGCCUUUUGGAAAAACGAAGGCAUCUACCCAUGUGACUUUAAUUAUAAAGCUCUUGAUAAGAUAAUUGCAUUCAUCGAGAACGCCUAAAAGAAAACGGCUGUUUCAGAUUAUUGGACAAACUGUAGACUUAAAAGCCGCAUGUGACAUCAAACAAUGAAAAUUCGAAAAAAAAUGAUUAAUCUAAAGCCUCUAGGAAAUGAACUUUUGCUACUAACAUUUGAAAUUUAUGUAGUUGCAUGUACUCUUGAUGAUCUUUCGUUGCACAAAAUACCGCAGUUGAAACGAUAUUUUAUAACAUAUUAACUGUCAUUGUUUAAACGGCCGUCUAUGUAGGCAACAUUUUACAAUACUGCUGAAAUAUGAUAACACAUACACUCAAAAGAAAGUGACACUUCGCUCUAACAGUUUACAUUUAGUGUCAUCCUACCUCUUACAGCGAAUAUCAUACUUUGCAAUAUUUACGGGAAGCCGUGACGAUGACGUCAUUCACCGUGUUCUCGCAUUGGCUUUAGGAUUUUUUUGUUUGUUUGCACUCCACGCUGAAACUUGACGGCCUUUACACUUUCUGUUUUAAAAGUUUUUUUCACUUGUAUUUACAGUUUUCAUUACGAAAAAAAGAAGUAAAAGAAUCAUGUUGGCGCGGUUUACGAAUUUCUGUGACUGAUUCGCGGUGCUCGGAUGAUCAUACAGACAACCAGUCUGCGACGUGUACAUAAACCGGAACCGGAAAACAUUGCUAUGUUUAUUCUAAGUACGAUAAUUAUAUAUGUAGAAGAAAAACUUUUGAUGCCGUAAUGUUAUUACAUAUUUAUUUAUACCCCUUUUUCUUUUUCUGUCCCAUUGAACAUGACCCGUUUAUUCUUCAAAUGCAUAUAAAGAUAAAUAUAUAACGGGACAAAGGUUGAAGGAAAUGCCUUUUUGGUGUUACAUAGUUUAAUUGAGUAAAAUUACAACUUAAAAAUCUCAACCGGGUUCACCAUUCAUAUAGAUCUUCAUGAAAAUGUUAAUGACGUCUUCGUCAAGCAAUCAAGGUCGCUAACAGGUAAAUAGUUUUCCCUAUAUAUUCACGUCACCCAAUACAACCUGCUCUCUCAGUUUUCCUACCAAAAUGUCAAAAAUAGAUUAACUAUGAAAUUUAAACAGAAACUAGCUUUAAUUUAGACCUCUGUUCCCAUAUACCAAUUGAAAAAUUAGUGUUCAAAUACAAGGCAGCCAUUACGCGACUAGACCGGAUGGCUCCUACGCUGGUUCCUUUAGUUAAGCCUCAAUAAUGACGUCGCUUAUAUAAAUAUUGAGUGCUGUAAACUUGUCGUUUGCAUCACUGGAAAAAAAAAGUUGAAAUAAUGCAUAGAUUCCGUAAUUAGUUUAAACAUAUUUUAUUUCAGUAAUACAUGAAACACUCAAAGAACAUUAGUUAGGAAUUGGACAGAAAGUUUUGUCAGCUUACGGUUGUCCUCUCCUUGGAUUCCGUAAUUGUUAAGUCUGGAAAUAUUGAUAUACUAAUAUAGUAGUAUUAAUAUUAAUAUAAGUAUUAAUUACUUAGCGUUCAUGGGGUUUAAAUAGUUUGAUGAAAUAUGUUUUAUAGCUUAAAAAGUGGAAAUAGCUGAUUUUCAGUGUAAAGUUUUUGCACAUCUUGCUAUAUGUCUGCUACUGGAAGUAUUGCCCCGUCUGCUUGUCUUAUAUUUUGAUUAUUUUCUAGACUGUGUGUUUCUCCUAUAUAAUCUUCUUUACAACCAGA